ACAGAUAUACAGUUUGUCUUCCUUUAAGCGAAUAAAAGUUAGAUACAGCGAUUCGCUGUGAACGUUCUCAAUUCAUCCAGACAAACGUGAAGGCAAUGACGAGCUUUGCUAGCAUUCUGUUUGCUAUCGCAGCUCUGUCUGUUAACUGCGAAGACAUUAUUGUACCGUCAACUGAAAAUAUUUUCGAAAUUCAGCAUUCAAACGUCCUGCCAAUGACAUUAAAGUGUCCUUUUCCCAGACACAAAUACAUUGAAAUACGUGGCGUGACACUAAUGAACGGCUCUGAUAUCCUAAUAGCAAGUUCUCUGGCGCCAAAUAUCGAGCGUCUUUCCAACGAGGAAUGUCUCGCGUCUCUCGUUCAAACAAACGGUAAACCAGCAAAAUGCGAGGUGUCGAUGAACGCGUUGCCUCAGGAUGGCUCCAUUGAUCACAUGGAUAAAGUAGUGACAUUUGAUUGUAGGAAGAAGGGUCAGGGAGACUCAUCUGGCGCAGAGAAAACUAUUUCCAAGGAAAAAGGGACAAUAAACAUCAAAUGCGACAACAAGGAGGCAGUCCCAGAAAUAAUCGAUAUCUCGUUGGCCAACCAGGGCAGUGUUGACGUGGUUUCGAUCAGUGCAAAAUGCAGCAUGGAAAACAUUGACAACAUGGCCAAGGGAAAGGGGGGAGGUCAUUGUCAGAUCAAGAGAGAUGGUGAUCUCAACAAGAGCAAGAUGACGGUCAAAUACAAGUGCAGUGAGCCGCCCAAAAGGGAAGUCGAGGAAUUUGUUCCAGGAAAUGGGAAUAAAGGAAAUGGAAACAGAGGCAGGAAAAAAUGAGAACUGUGAUAUGAUGAAGUGUAAGUUAGUGCACAGUGUGAUAACAUUGUAACAAUACUGAAAUAAAAGCUUGUUAGUAUUUGUAGAACAAAAUAAAUCAAAAAUA